UCGGCCGGUCGUUUCGCGGAGCGUAGGAAUAAGCUUGAGUGCGCGCGCACGGAAUUGUAACUCGUUCGGAGUGAUGCUCCGGCAAUUAUGAACUUCGGGUCGACGAAGGCGGACUGCAGAUCCGUUAAUUGCACAGGUCCCGGUGAAUUAGAAUCAGAAUCGCGCGAAGGGUUGCGGGUUGUAACGAUUGAACGAUCGCAACGACUGUCCCGAAUCGUUGCAAUCCUUGUAUUGCAUAUUGGCACAGAGAAAUGACCGAGGCAUUCCAAAUAGCUCUGAACGAUCGUUGGCGCAACGUGUAUGCAUAACCUGAGUGUUUUACGUACCUAUCUUCACACGCAUUUGUACAAUACACGCCUCGUUUGAUUACGUUUAUUUAAGAGCUACACGGGAUAAUGAUUCACGCCGUAGAACGGCCCCUGCAGCUGGUAAAGCCUGUGGACUCAGUGUGGUCGGAAUCCUCGUCUUGAACAGUGUACCAAACGUCGUUACGACGUUUAUAAAGAACAGCAAACGCGUUCCGGCGGUAGUCAGCGUUCCAGCGCGGUGUCCGCGUACCUGCGACACGUACGCCGACGAUAUUUGCGUCAUAAAAGAAAUAAAAAGGAAGGAAAGAGAAAACACUAGACACCGUUUGAUACCUACUUCGCAUCGCUGCAGUUAACCGCAGUGAUAAAAGAGCUGUUGCGCGAGAUCGGCCACGCGUGGAUCGAGAUGAUAAGUUAAAAAAUUGUGCAAAUUUUGUCAUGCCGGGAUCGACGCGUCGACUCCGGGUGCUAAACUUGCUACUUUUAGUUCAUUACGCACCGCCGUCAAGGUGUGUGAAGCCUUCGCUCGCUAAACACGAGGAUCGGCUUCCAGUUAUCAACUGCACUUGGACGGUUUUGCACCCAGCUGCAGAGAGGAGCUUCUGCCACUCAUUCCGAUGGAUCUUCAAGUCGGCUGCAAAGUGAUUUCGCAAAUUUUGUGCGUCCAUCGAGUGUAAAUUAAAGUGUACCGUCUUUAUUAUUAUUAUAAUUUUUUAUUUUACGAGUUCAACUAGUCUUCCACGUUCUGUUGUUAACACAGUCUUAUGAAAGGCCGGAAGACUUCUAUAACUUCGCGGUAUCGUCUGACAUAAUCAACCGCUUAUGAUACAUGUAGUGUAGAAAAUGCAGAAGUGGGUAUUUCUCGAAUCCGUUAUCCGGUGAAGUUCUGUGCCAUGUAACGACCGUCGUAAAAUUUAAUUUGUGUUAUUGUUGGAGGCGCCUCUAGCUUGUUGUUAAAAUUAGUAGUAAUAACAAUAAUUUUUACCUCGAGCAAAGAAAGGAAUACCUGAAAGAUGUCGUGUCGAAAGAAAAUCGACUCCAAACAGUGGGUCAGCUAUACGCAGAUGAUGGAGAGCGAGGUGCGGUCCUUGAAGCAGGAAUUGGAGAGGACUCGAGAAGCGUUAAAGCUCGCGACGAAAAGGUGCCGGGAUCUGGUACGCGAGCUGGAUCACAGAACGGCGGGCCAAGAAGCUGAGCGUUCAUUGCGGGACCAACAACUCGCCCGAAUACUUCGGGCCCUCUUGGUGGUGGAGGGUCGCUUGAAGCAGGAGCAGAAAUCGAUACGACAGCUGCUAUGCGAGAAGGACAACGUGAUCCGUAAUCAGCAGUUGGAGAUAGCGAAGCUGAGGAGAUACACGAAGAAUUACAUAAAGUGCAAGAGGGACAACACGGUGUGCAAAGAUGUCCUCGACAGGGACGAGUCGUCGGAAAUUAUGUCGAACGAUCGUCACAGCAUAUCGAGCAAGAGCGACGGCGGUAGAUUCGACAGCUGCCUAAGCAAGGACAUCAGAACCCUAAAGUGCGAGAUAAUAACGAAACUGAACGAGGACUCGGACCAAGAUCACGGACUGAGAAAGGCCCACAGCUUCGCGGAGAGCGACGUAUCAAAGACGAGCAUUACAUCGAGCGAAAUAACCGACGUCUCGAUGACGACGACGGACAGCAGUCCGUCGAUAUUGAGUACGGAGGGAUUCUGCGAGGGAGAAAGUACGGACGUGUCGCCGAGCUCCACGCUCAACAAGUCCACCAGGUGCAACUCCAUCGCCGUUGCCGAUGACCUUUUGUCCAGCGACAACGAGGUCAACGCGGACGACAGGCUGGAGAUACCGAAGCGGAAUAUCGUGGCUAUCAGGGAAAAAUUGCUGACGGAAUCCGAGAUGUCAGAGCUCAAAGGGAACGGAGUCACCAGGACGGAGAGCAAGGAUGACGGCAUGGACUGCCAUUUUAUAUCCGACGAGGAACCCGUUUACGAGAACGCUACGUAUCCGGACAAAGAACUGAACAAGUCGACUGAACUCACGAAAAAUAACAUCAACAACGGAUCCGAUAGCGUCGAGGCCGUGCAGACGAUCGAACCGAGCCUUGAGGAGAACAGUGGCAACUGGUACAGCGAUCCCGACGAGGAUAAAGCCAGUGAGGAAGUGUUUCGGCACCGCGCUUAUCAGCCGAAUAGCAAGCACAACUCGGUUCUGGAAUGCGUUAAUCAAAUCCUACUUAGAGACAUGGAGGAGGAAGAGAACGUCCUCUCGGUACCAAGGAGGUUCAAACACCGUGGAAGAAUCGUUCGCUUUCAGCCCGCGAGGCUAUCCGACAUUGAAUCCGUCGGUUCCGAGAUGGAGAGGAGAAGUUCCGAGGAUCAUGCCCUUGACAGAGACGGUUUGCAAGUGGAGGAACGCAACGGGAUUAACGCGUCAGGAGUUGCGUCCCCGGCUUCGGAGAGAGAUUUCCGAGGUAGGAGCGUGCAGCCGAUCGAUGAGUCGGCCAGGGAAACGAUGGCGGAUGUUCUUAGUCCUUCAAACGUGAAUUUUGAGGGAUCUAAAGCGAUACCGUUAGUGAUCAUAGAGCCAAAAGUCGACCCCGAAGCAUCGGGCGACACGCCGAUCGCGAGUCCUCAGAAGCUCAAGAGUUGUGCAGAUUUGAUGAAGUCUUCGUUGAUUCACACUUCCAGUCCACCGUUGAAGAUGGAACGCAUCGAGGAGAAGACUUGCUUGCAAAUGUGCUCCAAAGGACUGACAAUCGCUAAGAAUUUAGAUUACGAGGAAAUAGAGUCGCUGCCGGAGACUAGCUCUGGACUUAAGACACCGCCAACUUUGCCACCAAAGCCACAGUACAAAAACAAUACUUUAAUAUUGAAGAAGAUACCGAGUCCUUCGUUCUUGAUCAAUGAAACGCACAAGAAGCAGGGAGGGGGCGACAGCACGCCUGAGCACGACAAGAAACUCUUCAAUUUCUCUCUUACUCCGAAGGUGGAAACCGUUCGCAGUCUUUCCUACGACGAGAAAAGCUCCAAAUCUUCGAGAAUUAACAACAACGAAUUGCAGAACGGGUUUUACCACAAAAACAAAUUCAAUAGUCUACGGUCCUCCUUUCAGUCGAAACAGAACCUGAACAACGUUUAUGACGGAGUUGGAAGAAUGCCAAAGGUAACCAACAUUGUUCGACACUUCGAGGAGUUCAAAAUCGGCGAAGCUGAAGAUCGAACUCUGGUCAAGGAUAAAGAUAAAGACAAAGAGAAAUCCCACCUGGACUACGACCAGGAUGAUAUUAGGCAAAAUUUCGAGGAGUUCAACCUCGACGAUUGUGAUCUCUUCGAUGACCCCGAUCGGCCCGAGGCCGACGGCUCGGAACGGCUCAACGAUUUGAUACUCGCCACGCAAAUCGAAACCACUGCAAAGGGAAAAGAGGCAAACACAAACUGCGGCUACGAUCACUUCCUUGAGGCCACUGGACUAAGUACUAAAUCCAUCCUCACUCCUUCCCGAUUGCUGAGCAAUCACAAGAGCAUGCUCAAGCCGAAAGAUGUGAAGUACAAGAAUAAGAUUAAAGCAACUGCCGUGAUGGAGAGGCAUGGGAUGGCUGGGAUGAGCUCCACCCACACUCACGUCAAGCACUGGACCGGUCCGUUUGUCUGAGGUUGAUUUCAGUCCAAAAGAUUUUCCUUUAUGCAAACCUUGAGAAAACUUUCUGUCUUAGAUGCGUUGAACUUCACGGUGGUGUUACGAGAUGUUUGAAAAACUUUUCGCUUCCAAGAAAUAAAAUUGUAAACUUGAGAGUCUGAAGGCCCGGUUGGUGUUAUGAAAUGUGUGCGGUUGUAAAAAAGAAAAUGAUUUCUAUGUUUUUGACUUCGUAACUUUUCAAAUCAUUGUUAAUAACGUUAGAAAUAAAAAAAAAAAACUAAAGGAACAAAAAAAAAAAAAAAACAUAAUAAAAUAAAAGUAACACUCUCAUCACUUCCCUAGACGCGUGUAAAUAAAAGCUAGGAGAUAGGAAAUGAUUGACGAUAUGUAUAACUUAAAAUGUGAUUCCGAUACUGUCUUUGGUAAAACGAUCAUUCUUAUAGGGUCGCGCACUGUUGCGUAGUAUUUAAGUUUUGAGAACCCUUGUACAGAUAACUUGAUUCUACAUACCUCAGGAAUCUUUUCCGCGCGGUGGUGGAAUUUAGAAAAUGGUCCUAGUUCCAUCGUUUUCGACCAAGAUGUGUACAGACUGGUUUGCUUUUCUUGUUAAGAUUUCAUUUGCCAAUUAUAAUACGCAUAUCAUUAUACGAAGAUACCUAUACCACAAUAAAUUAUACGUAACAUUUAAAGAAAUUUUGUACAGCAAGAUUCUACUAUAAAUCUAUGAAAAUAUGUUAUGAAAUAAAAAUAUAAAUACAAUAGCUUUCGUGAU